CGAUGGUAACAUUACACAUCAGUCCACAGGUGUUUCCUGUAGCUCAAUUCAGCACUUCCUGAGCUGCGCACUGUGCGAGUCAGCUGACAGUCCCUAAAGGCUGGGUUAGUUUUGGCACUGGAGGAGUGACAUCAACAGUACUAGGCACAGAGCGAAUCGUUUAGUGAAAAUCGGAGCGAGCAGUGGAGACCCAUUGCCCCGUCGCUUGCACAAUGAGUGUUAGCACACCAAAAUUGCUACCGUCUUCGGGGAAAAAAUCCAUUCAUGAUGUCUGCCAUCCUCUCUCCUGCGAGGAGGCAGCACUCACAACACCCAGCCCAGAGCUACAGAACACCAGCAGCAUAGGGGACAAGGACUUAAGUUUGCCGAAUGGUACCCCAGUGGACACAUCCAGCCCUGCUUCCUCCUCUUCCUUGCUCAACAGACUGCAGCUAGACGAUGACCUGGAUGGAGAGACCAGGGACCUUUUUGUUACAGUUGAUGACCCCAAAAAGCAUGUUUCCACUAUGGAGACUUACAUCACUUACAGAGUCACCACUAAGACCACCAGGACAGAGUUUGAUUUGCCUGAGUACUCUGUACGUCGCCGGUACCAGGACUUCGAUUGGCUGAGGAAUAAACUGGAGGACACACAGCCAACACAUAUCAUUCCACCACUGCCAGCAAAGUUUGUAGUGAAAGGGGUUGUUGACCGGUUCUCAGAAGAGUUUGUGGAGACUCGGCGGAAGGCCCUUGACAAGUUUUUGAAAAGGAUAGCGGAUCAUCCUGUCCUCUCCUUUAAUGACAAUUUCAAUGUAUUCCUCUCCGCGAAGGAUCUCAAUUCCUAUAAAAAACAAGGCAUGGCUUUGUUGUCGAAAAUGGGAGAAUCCGUGAAGUAUGUCACAGGAGGCUACAAGCUGAGGAGUAGACCCUUAGAGUUUGCAGCUAUGGGGGAUUAUCUGGACAUGUUUACACAGAAGCUGGGAACUAUUGACAGAAUAGCACAGAGGAUCAUCAAGGAGCAAGCAGAGUAUCUAGUGGAGUUGCGGGAGUAUGGCCCAGUGUACUCAAGCUGGGCCUCUGCUGAGGAGGAGCUGCAAGAGCCUCUGGAGGGGGUGUCGAGCUGCGUGGCCAACUGCAGCACAGCACUGGAGGAGCUCACCGAGGACAUGAGUGAGGAGUUCCUGCCUGUGUUCCGGGAAUACGUCCUCUACAUAGAGUCCAUGAAGAAUGUUUUGAAGAAAAGGGACCAAGUCCAAGCAGAAUAUGAGGCCAAGUUGGAGGCUGUGGCAUUCAGAAAAGAGGAGCGGCCCUCUGCACCUACAGAUGUUGAAAAGUGCCAAGACCGGGUAGAGUGCUUUAACGCAGACCUAAAGGCUGACUGGGAUCGGUGGCAGAACAACAAGAGGCAGGACUUUAGGCUGCUGCUCACAGGAAUGGCUGACAAAAACAUCCAGUAUUAUGAGAAGUGCCUUGCAGCGUGGGAGUCCAUCAUUCCACUCUUACAGGAUAAACCGGAUGGCAAAGGAGAAAUGCCCUCAUAAUUGCCCCCCUGCCCUUCCCACCCACUCCACCUGUUUCCUGGGUACUGCCUGUCUGCAUCCACAAAGUGCACAUGAUCACUACACUUCACUCUCAUAUGCCUCUGUGUGCUUUUCAAGGACAUUGACUUGGGAGGGGGCUCAAUGUGAACUCAUUCAAAACGUGUGUUUUUUGCUGAAUGUGUUUUUAUAUUUCUAAAAUCCAAGCCAUGUACUACGAACCCACCCUUCAGCUGUGUGAAGUGGACAGUUUUAUUUAAUUUUAUUUAAAACGCUGGGUGAGUAAACAUACUGGAUUUAACGUUCCAAAGAAUCAGGAUUAAAGGUUUGGAGGUUUGUAAAGUUUUAAAGCAAAUCUCUGGUGUGCAUUAUUUAUUUAUUUUUGGCCCUUGAAAUGUGCAAAGCUGAUGUAUUCAGAUCCAAUGAAAUGAAGCAAAAAUGAGCAGUGGAGUACUAGGUGCAGAGAACAUGGAAUAGUGCAGUGUUGAAAGGUUUUUGUGUAAGAUCUUUGGGAAAUUUGUUCUCACGCAAUUUGUGCAAAUAUCAGAAAUGUGCACUCUGAUUGUACUCUUCUGGACAAAGAUUGCAAAAACAGAGAGACGGUAUGUUGUGUAUAGUCUAGAGUGGCCAAACAGCAGCUCAUCACCAUUUUAUGCAGAGAAUCGGAGGUUCUAGGAUUCAGAUUUUCCUGUUUCUUUAAGACACUCACACAUGAGGCAAAUCUAAUUGCACUCUGAGCUAAAGUUGUGUAAAGCUGCCACCAGUGUACAUGACCAGUACCUGGUUUUGCAUAGCUCUGUAUCAAAUACCAGUGCACUCAAUUUAGACCAACAUGGCAGAUUACAGUGCCCAACUUGACAAUAAAAAUUAAAAUAGACCAGUGUUGAGUUAAUAUUUAUAGAGUUAAAAUUUAUAGGAGGCUUUGUGGUCCAGUGGUUAAAGAAAAGGGCUUGUAACCAGGAGGUUCCCGGUUCAAAUCCCACCUCAGCCACUGACUCACUGUGUGACCCUGAGCAAGUCACUUAACCUCCUUGUGCUCCGUCUUUCGGGUGAGACGUAAUUGUAAGUGACUCUGCAGCAGAAGCAUAGUUCACACACCCUUGUCUUUGUAAGUCGCCUUGGAUAAAGGCGUCUGCUAAAUAAACAAAUAAUAAUAUUACUAAACUUGCCAGAAAUUUCGAUUCUCAAAAGUUGGUGCAGUAAAUUAAGAGUUGGUUGAAGGGGAGGGGGUUGAUUUCAGAUUUCUAAGCAUUCCUCAGAUAGUCAGCAAUGUGACAGAUGGAACUUGAAGCAAUAUAGUUCAGGAGUACACGCCAGGAUUAACGUGGAUUUGACAAAAUUGUUUUCUCUCUCACUUUAAAAACCCCACUGCUCAGGAUGUAAAAUAGAGAUUGGUUAUACCUGUAAUAAAAAAAAAAAAUGCAUUGAAAUAGAACUCCUGAUUUGGAAAUGUCUGACUUCAAAAGAAAAUAACAAGGGGACUGUCUUGCAGCCACAGUAAUAACUGACUACUAACAGACUAGAGAGAGUAUAUGAGCUGGGACAUAGCUUCUGUAUGCUUAAUAUACUGUGUUUGGAGCAGUUAUGGUUAUUUUAGGGUGUAAAUACUUUAUAAAAAGACAUAUUUCUGGUCAGUUUAUCAGCUUAAAAGACUACUUUCUAAUUUUAUAAAAGUAACGUUUUUUGAUUAUUUUUUUUUUCAUCCUUAUUUGAAAAUGAUGGAUUUUCAUUUUGUUUUAAAUGUGUAUUUUUAAAGUUUCCGAUUUUUUUUUUUUUGUGAAAUCUGUUAGGCUGCAAUGCAUAGAGAAAGGCAGUCUCCCCCCAAUUCCCCAAUAAUCAGGGUAGUAGUGAAAAUGAUAGAAAACUUUAAAGGCACACAAACCUUUUUUUUUUUUUUUUUUUUUGUCUCAUCUUUGAAAACAUGUCUCUUUCUGCUGUUUGUAGAGUUUAAAUGUACAAGUAUAACUAAAUGUCCCUGAAUACAGUAAGGGAACCUCAUUGACAAACUAGUACAUUAAAAAUUAAUUAUAAAAAUAAAAUACCAUGCAGGAAGCUUUUAUAUUUAAACUCUGAUGUUUUCAAAUCUUAAGACAUUUUAGACUAAGUUAAAUAUUGCACAACUAAAGACGUUUGAGGGGAAGCAUUGAUCUUGGCAAACAAACUGCCUUUUUUUUUUUUUUUAUCAGAAACGGAACAACUGACUUUUUAUGGACAAUACAAUUUCAACUUUAUUCAGCAUGUUUCCAUCAUAUAAUCCCCCAUUGUUAAUGUCAUGCAGAUAAACCUAAACAAUAACAUGGUCUUCAAUGAGUGUGGAUUUGAGUUAAACAGACUUUUAAUAAGACUUCUGUUGACCACAUAGAUACAAUACAAAUGUCGAAGCUAGCAUUUAUGUUUUUUUUGUAACAUGCCAUUUUGUAAUAUAUAACUGGAAACAUGUGAUUGUUUAACAAAAAAGCUAAACCGAAUGAUUUCAAUACACACUUAUUUUUUUAAACUUAUAACCUAUAGUAGAACAGGAUAUUGUAUUCCAGCGCUGCAAAGUGAACUGCAUUUGUCCCUUGUGUCUUUUUGUAAUCUUGAGAAGCAGUUAUUUUAAACUUGUAAUCUGUUUUUAAAGACGUAUUGCUAAACUGACUUAUGGAGAUGUCUGUUGCACUACAGAAAUGAAGAAUUACUUUUUUACCACUCCAAGCACUUUGUAACCUGUCUACAUGGAACAGUUUUAUAGCAUAUGUAUUAGUGUGCAGGAGUUCUAAAUCACUUGUGAGGAAAAACUAAACAGUUUGUUAUAGUCUAACCUCUGUGUUUAUGAUUAGAGUGGUUGAAGUUUUGGAUGAAGUAAAUAAAUAGCUAAACAGGAAAGUAUGACAUUUAAAGGUUUUAUGAAGCUAAAAGCAAACUAUUGUGUUUUUUUUUUAUUAUUAUUUACAAGUCCUCUUUUUGAGCUGCACUCCACUGGAGUUCAUAAAUAAAUACUUACGCCAGCAUUUGAAUGGUUUCCUUAAGGCCAGGUAGAAACACAUCGUCGUGCAUGUACUUUUCUGAGAAUUCAGCUUUUUCUGUCUUUCAAGUCAAUUUAUUUUCAAUUAAUAUGCACACUGUUAAAUAAGGUUAGGGUGUAUUUAUUAUCACACAGGUAGGAUUCAGUGUUAUAAUGCAGUAUCCCUCAAGUGUUUGAUUAGUUUGAUAUGCACAUGCAAUCCCUGACAUGUAUGUAAGUAUUAUUGAUUGACAUGAAAGGAAUGUGGCUUUGGAUCCAACACAGUUUUUUUUCUUUUUUUUUUAAACAGAGUGUCUGCAUUGUAUAAUCUUCCUCACAUUAAAAUACAAUUUUGUGUACCAACUGCUUAAGAUUACAUCGGUUAACAUUGAAUGCAAAUGUUUUGCAAAAGAACAGAUAUUGUUCCACAUGCUUUGGAUCAAGUCUGCCACAAGUUGUGGCGGUGAUGUGUAGAUAUCUGUUUUGAGAUAUAUUACAUAAUCUGCCAGAGAUAAGCCACCCCUCUCUUUCAGAAACCUGAUAAGACAAUACAACAGUCUCAUGACAGCAAAUAGCAAUCAGAUUGAGGCUAUGCAUGUUUGUUAAUCAGUAGGAAGAUUUUUUUUUACAUAUUUGUACAACUGUUAAAUACUGAAAUAUAAAUAAACUUUUAAAAGUGAAGGUUUAAUACUGCAACGCCUACACUAUGAUUGCUAUGUCACAGGACAAAGGGGAAGGAGUGCAAUGAAAUGUAAAGAGUAAAAUACCCUUAUACUUUUGUCAUUAAAUAAGUGCCUUUUGAGAUAUUAAAUUGUAGGCAUGCCAAAUUACUCUUAAAGUUAUACAUGUUAGGAUUAGCUGUAGUGGCCCCUACUACUUUGCCUAAGUUAUAGUACCAGACACCAUAUGUUUAUUUGUUUUUGUUCUUAAGGGCUGGCUGUGUGGCCUCAUAUUUAUUUGUUGAGGAAUGCAGGAGACAUUUAUUUCCAAAAAGAAAUUGUUAAUAGUCGUCACCAAUGGUUUUUACCCCGGUUUUCUCCCCAAUUUGGAAUGCCCAAUUAUUUUUAUUCCAAUUCAUCACUGCAAUCCCCCGGCGACUCGGGGAAACGGAGGCUGAAACACGCGUCCUCCGAAACGUGUUCCUGCCAAUCCGUCAUUUUUCACACUGCAGAUCCACAGUGAAGCAGGAGCGCAACACAGAUCACAGGGGUCGCUGAUGCGUGGUGAACCGUGGAUUGCCCUGCCGACCUAAUACCUCCCUACCCGGGCGGUGCUCGGUCAAUUGUGCGCCGCCCCCUAGGAACCCCCGGUCACGGUCGGCAAUGACAUAGCCUGGAUUCUGACCUGCGAUCUCCAGGCUAUAGGGCGCAUCCUGCACUCCAUGCGGAGCGCCUUUACUGGAUGCGCUACUUGGGAGCCGCCACUCCCUUGUUCUAAUACAGCACUUUAUGGGUGCCUUCCAUUUCCUUUAUAGUACCAUUGCAUUCUCCUUUUACAGUGGAGCCGAAACCCUUAUGUGCCAUAAUACUUGAGUGUCCUAGUAUCUGUUUGAGGGUACUGUAUAGUCUAUAGUACUUAAACUGUUUAUUUUGUAAUGCAGGAACAGGGAGAUUUGUGGUGUCCAGAUAAUGGCCCUUUUGCUUCUGAAUUGUUGACCCACACCCCUCCCCGUCAACUGAAUAUGUAAGUAACACUACAUGUUCUGGUGUAAUAACGUUUUAAAAGGCAUUAAACAUUGUCUUACACCUUGUUUUAGCAUAACAUUCUAACAAGUGCUGAGUAUUUUGUUUUAAUUUUUUUUUUUUUACUGUUCUCUUGUUGGAAGUUUCAUGGUAGUAGGCAGGGAACGUGUGUCUUAUAGCAGGAGAGAAUGACUUCACCUGAGUGAAAAGAAUGCCUGCAAUACAACAAGAGAAUUGUGGGAAUGUUGUUCUGUGAAAUUAAUGGUAAGAAAAUGUUUUUAAACCCUUGCUUAUUACAAUUUUAAUCCAGACAGGUGAAGUGUUGUUACCUUGGUUAAUAGAUUUAAUCCAGACAGGUGAAGUGUUGUUACCUUGGUUAAUAGAUUUAAUCCAGACAGGUGAAGUGUUGUUACCUUGGUUAAUAGAUUUAAUCCAGACAGGUGAAGUGUUGUUACCUUGGUUAAUAGAUUUAAUCCAGACAGGUGAAGUGUUGUUACCUCUGAUAGAUGCCUGAAGCUGUAAGCUUUGGUGCAUUGCUGUUAGGGGAAAACUGUGUGUGUAAUAAAAAUGUGUACUGUGGCUUUCAUUACCACUUUAUCAAUUGUCUGGACUUGAGCCGUGCUGCUCUCUUGUAUAUUAAAAUGUUCAUGUCAUGUAAACUCCCAGUUAACCGCAUUCUUUCUUUCGAUGUGGUGUCAAGUUUUGCAGACCAGUUUUCAUUCGUCUAGACGCAGUCUUAAAACCAUCAGAUCACGAAACUAGUACCAGCAACUUAAGCAAGGUUGAGUUCAGACUCUAAGGUGUGCCUAUGUUUUCUGCUCCUGUUACUUGUACAAUAGUGUCUGUGAAUCGAGGCUUCUUACAUUUUGAUGAGGACUUCUAUAUUUCUCAGCUAGCUACACCUCCAAGACCUGAAUUCAUUUUUGUAUAUAUUGUGUUUUAAAUGAAUGUGAUUUUAAUAAGUUACAUUUUGUAGAGCUUUAGAUUUACCUUGCAUUUUUAAAUCGGCUCCUCGUUAUUUUGCUGUUCGUCCAUGAUUAGUUUAAAAAAAAAAAAAAGAGCAAAUGGCACAUAGCAGCUUGCAUCUUUGUACUGAGCCAAUUCAUGUGUUUUUACUUAUUUUCUGUAUAAAAUCCAAGAAAAGAACAUAGAAAAACAAAUGUACCUGUGACCUUAUACCCUGUUUUUUUUAAAUAUAGUAUAAUAUAUGUAUUUUAUGUAUUACUACUCUUCAGUUAAUGCACACAUACUUACUGUAGAUGUGUGUUUCACCAACAUUUAUCUGAUUUUUAUGAGCUCCUACUUUCUGUAACAGUUGAGAUUAUACAGAAAGCUUUGCAUCACUCUGAGUUUCCCACUGGAGAGAGGCAGCUGUGAGCAGCCUGUAUUACUAAAUAUAUCCAGACUGGAAACUGUGGUUCCUUUCUACAUUUUAUUAAUGAGUGCUGUUACUUGGUUACUAAUUCAGCACUAAUGCUUUGCACUCUUCUGUUCUCGGUAUAUUUUUUCUUGAUGAUUUAUAUAUAUGUAAUAUGGAAGCUCUUAUGUUUAACUCUUUUCCUUUUAUAUAUAUCAUAUGGAAGCUCUUUUGUUUUUGACUGUUUUCCUUAGGUUUUUGGCCUGGUUAUAUCAUUCGUUUGAAUAAACUCAUAUUUAUGGCAUUGUUGACUUAUACUUUGUGCUGUAUAUACUUAUUCACUUUUGUGGUAGCUCUGCUAUUGCCAUUAAAAAAAUAUUGAGCACUAAAAAGGAGAAAAAGAAAGGGAAACAUGAUUAUCAACUGGUAUCAAAUCUAGUUUGAUCCUUUUUUUUUCUUUUAUUUUCCUUAAAAUCCCCAACUGAGCUUGCUGUAUAUGCGUGUGGAUUGGGUUGUCGUCUGUAUAAAAUGUGUGUUAACCAAGGCUGAGAAACUAGAUUCUCUUACAUUUUAGGUAGCAUUAGCAACAUUAUCAUUGUGCUAAAGAUCUCUAUGUACUUUGUCUGUCAUCUGUAUUAAAAAAAAAAAAAAAAAGAGCUUAACAUUUUGAAAGUUCAAUCCCCAGUAGAGAUUAUUUGUUCUGUGUUUUUGGGACAGACUAGGUCCUAAUACAUCUAGUGUGUUUACAAUAAAAAUAUAUGGGCCUAUUUAGGCUGUUUUUCAUGUAACUUACCUGAAAUUAAUAUUUUUGAAAAGUUAGGUGUAGUGGUAAGCCAAAUGACAAUAAUUAGAGUUGUACACAUUGGAUUAACUAAAAAUUGGUAUCAGUGCAUUGAACAAGAUUUGUGUUUUUAUUUAAUGUGUCGCAGUGUGUGGUAAUAUGAGCAUUGUGACAUUAUCAAAGGUCACGGUCAUGUUUUGAGCUCUUUUUGGACCUUUUUCGUUUUGAGUUUAAAUGUCUGAAAAUGUGUUCCACUUGAGCUAGAAGUGUUUAAGAAGGUUCAUAAUAUUCCUCAGAUUGUGUCAGUUUUUACAAAAUAGAUUUGAUCUUACCACUUGGUUUUGGAAGCGUGUCAAAAAUGUCCCCUUUGGACAAAAAUAUGUCUAGUUUUUAGUAUUUUUGCAAACCCAUACAAGUUAUACAUCUAUGGAAAGCUUUUUAGCUCUCCUUUUUAUAUUACAUGUCAUGUUUUCAUAGGUAGAGUAAAUAUUUGGAGAAGUAUUUAUAUCUGUGCUCAAACAGAAAUUCUUGUACCCACUUUAAGUCUAUCGGCAGCAUCAGCCAUAAGCUUCCUUAGCAUUUUCAGCAACUAUCGAGAUUUGUUUUCUGAAUGUACCCUGACUAUGGAAUUACUCUCUUCUAUUAUACCAUUACAACCAGCCUGUAAUUAUCUCCAGCAGAAUAUUGAUGAUGACUUCCAGGGAAAUGUCUGUUAUAUAAUGUGUUAAUUAUUGCACUAUUAAGAAUAGUAAUGAUGAUGAUAAUAAUUAAUGUGCUGUAUAUAGGAGGCUCAUUAUUGUUGCUCCAUAAAAGCACCAGGGAUUCCUUUUUGCAGAAGAGUCACAUUAAGUAGCUGCUUCUUGCAGUAGAGCUCAUACCUCCAUGUAUCUACCUGUUCUCUCUUAGUUUGUGUGGUAUGCACAGAGAUUAAGGUCUCGCCCCAAACCUCCUUGUGAUUCACUGGGAAUUUCUGAAGUUGUCUUAGUAGCUUCAGUUUGCCUGUCCCUACCAUGGCACUUCUAUUCCAGCCCGAUAAGGCAUGUAAACCUGGGAGGGCAUGGACUAUUUCACAAAUGCUGCCAUGCAGGAUAUGGAUUGGGAUGACUCUUCUUCGCUUUCCUGCACCUGUGAGAAAACAGAACUGCUCUGCUCUGGAGCAUGUGUGUCCUAUUGUGCUAGAUCCACUAGCUCCUCCUGAUGUCCUCAUGUGAUUUUCACUGGCACUGUGCUAUCCUGAAACACACCUCCUAUAACCAGCUGUUGACCUGGGAGCAUGUCUUUCUUCCCUCUCGGACACAUACACAGCAAGAAAAUCCUUAAAUCUGGCCUUGUUGGAAUUACAUGGAUAUAAAUUUGCCCCACUUUUUGGGUGGAUUGUGGUAUUAACAGUUAUGUCUUUACCCUACGUAUAUAUGUAUUAAACAAUAAUAAAGACAAUGACAAGUAUUAUUCAAAAUAUAUCAAAUCGAGCGGUUUGUUAAACAAUACUCAUAGUAUAGUAAAAUAACAAGAAGCAAUUAUAGGAUAUAUUCCUCCUCUGGAUCGGAAUUCCCCAAGUAAAGUGGCGAUGUCUAGAUACCUCUACCCUAUGUACUAAUUCAACAACUAACUUUAAGAUAACACCCUAAUACGUGUCCUAAACUGAUUAGCGGAAUGUCAUUGUCGUUAUUAAGCGUUUGCUAAGCACCGAUAACCUAUUUUCACCUCGGAACCAUUCUUUCUGUUGCACAAAUGAGUUCUUGCUAAACUUACGCUGUCAAAAAGAAGUGUACCAAUAACAGAAUGUUCCAGUUCUACUGCGACCAAACACUACUUAGAAUUUUAGUACAUCUACAGUGGAUUUCAAUAAUGUCUGCUUUCACAAAGUGCAAACUAAUACCACAUGCACAAAGACAUUAACCCGUUCAUACCCUUCACAGUACAAAAGACAUGCCCUUUUGUGCAUGUCCAGUUGUGUAUGUAGUUACAUUAAUAAUUUCCUACAUACUCUUUUGGUAUGGGCAUAUGUAGACUAUGAACGUCCACCUCAAGGCUGUUGCCUCCAUUUUGACGCCAGAUAUGUUCAUGAGUCUUAGUGGAGUUGUCUAAAUUCUACCUAUUGAAGACGAUAUCCACCUUUGUACAUCAUUUGAUUAUGUGCAGGGGUCUUCGUUUGUAUAGUAUAGAAUGCAUCAGCAUACACUGGCUUUUGAAACUGAACUACCUCCAUGGCAUCUGUUAUACAUGUAUAUGCUGUAGCAGGUGCCCUGUUGAUGUUUGGCAGCAUUUCGAUGAUGUCUUCUGCAGCAAACUUCUCCAGUUCAGCCUUCAGAGCACUCUUGUCUGUACACUUGAUUAGAGGUAGCCACCGAACACUUGUUAUAUAUAUAUUGUAAAAUGUGCAUAUCCCUGAUUUCAGACAAAAAAGAACUGAUCAGUUCUGCACAAAAAAAGGGUAUAGUAAUAUCCAAUCUUGUAAUACCAUUCAAGAAAUUGUGUUUUAAAGCCUUGAUAAUUACUACUUUAACUUUGGGAACUUCUCUAAUUUUUUUUGUAAAUUGUCACAAAAGUUUCUACAUUUGUUUCAUUUGACAGGACCUCUCUCCCAAGUAUAUCUUCAAUUCGGGGUAAGGGGAAGAUCAAACCCUUGGGGCAUUGUUUUAAUUUGUAUACUACCUAAGGAAAUCUAUUCGUGUACUUGUAAAUAGUUAGAAGUGAAGUUACAAUAGUGACUGCAAUACAAUAUAGAUCCUUCAGGUUUACCCUUCUGAAAUUACUGGAGCAAUGGCUUACAAAUGACAGCCUGGAUAUAUUUGUAUAACAGUAAAUAGCCUGCUGUCUGCAAGCUGCAAACAGAGAGCACAUGGAAGAGUUGGAUUGUGCCAGCUUUCUCUGUCACAUGGGGAGGGGGUUGACUUUGGUUUACAAAAAAAAAAAAAAAAGUCCACAAAAAGUCUAGUUGGGUUUCAAAACUUCCAAAGCAUUUAUUUUGGAUCCAGAUAAACUUCUUGUACUGUUUGGAUACUGUUCAUUUGAAACCUAAAAUGCUUUUGGUCAGGCACAUUGAAUCAAAACCAUUUCUGUGGCCUAAAUGGAUUGUGGGUGGCUGGUUUCAAGAACCAGUUCCAUUUUUCUCCCAGCGAGACCUGCCUUGGAUAUAUGGUUUUACUUAGUUAUUUGUGCCUAUAUAUUCUGGAUCUUUUACCACAUCCUUGCCUAUUGAAAUAAGAGAUUGUUAGAAACAGAUGUAUAGAAAGUGGUUACAAAAUGUUCCUAAUUAUUAGCUACAUGAGUAGUUGUGCAUUCCUGUCCUGAAAGAGACAGUAACUUGGCACAGUAUUUUAUGAGCCUACUGGAAAAAAUAACACUACUACAUUUAAUGCAGGAGAUGCUUGGAUUGAGCACUGGUCUAUGGCCAGCAUAUCCACUUAUGCCAAUAGUUUGUAUUUUGCAGGAUGUCUUGAGCAAGUUUAGCACAUGUUCAGGUUGUCUUUGGACAGUCGCUGUAAGUUUUAAAGUGUACACAGCAGAUUUUCCAGAGAAAGUAGUCUAUCGGUGUGAUUUCCAGUGACUUCAGUGGUGAUCCAGUAUGAUCUAUAGUCCAUCCAACAAGUAUGAUAUCGGUUCUCCAAGUAAUCAAUGCAAUUUUCUUACCUUUUCUUCCCACCAUAUAAUGCACUACACAAAUAUGCUUAAUUACCCAAUAGCAGAUUUUCUUUGCAGAGUUGUCUGGUUAAGAUCAAAAUGUCAUCCUUUUAGUUUAAGCAAAAUCGGUAUGGAUUUGUUUUAGCUAGUUGUACCAGGUUAAACAUACACAAGGGUUAGCCUCAACCUUAUCUUGAAAAUAAUUAAAAGAAUAACACACACACACAAAAAAAAACUAACAUAGUAACAGUGAAAGCCAAAACUGAAGACCAUUUGUCAUAUUAGACAAGUGUUCUGUUUUUCACCUUUUAUGAUGUCAGUCUUUUUACUUGUUUAUUGUUUACUAUGGAGUUCAUACUAUGUACACUUGAUGUUUGAGUUAUUGAUGAUGUUGUUUUAAUACUUUUAAUGCAAUAUCUUUACCUCAACUGGUUUUAAAUAUUGGACCAAUAAAAAUGAAUGUGUUUUAA